CUCAUAAAGAAACUCGGGCUUGAAAUCUCGUAGUUGGGGGAACCCAUCGGCGGCUUUCCAGACUCGUCUGAGGAGGCAAGUUAGCCGAGGUGGACAGCUAUGGAUUCGGCCCUACUGAAAGAAAACGACGAGUUCCACUCAUGGGAAGAGUGGAAAAGCCGCUUCGAAGAGUGGUGUCAAGCUACUGGACAACAAUACAAAGUUAACACGUCGAGAACCGUUGCCGCGUACAACAAAGGCCGGGACGUGGCCACUCAGAAACGUGAUCAGAGCAAAAGCACCGCUCUGGGAAAAUCGCAACCCGAACUGGCACCGAAAGUUGACGAAAAAUGGCAAUUUGUUUAUGUUCGAUAUCUUUGUGUUCAUAACAACCGAGCGAAAAGCGGUCACAUACCGAAUCCGAAAACACCACCGAAAAAUAUUCGCAACUGCAAAGCUACCGUGGUUGUGAAAUACGAAAGGAAGGUUGACUGCAUAAUUGUGCUGAAACUCGAUCCUGCUCACGAUCAUACUGAAAGGACACCCGAUAUACAACAACCGAGCACUCCUAUUGCUCCGGCGAGCGUCAUACAGGACGAAGUUGUCGAGGAUUCUUUAGACGGAGUCCCAGACGUCGUGGAAACCGAGACAAUAGGAGUAAAUCUCCUUGACGCUGAAGAUCUCGAUGAAUCCGGCGCCCAUCCCUCCCCCGUACCGGGCAUGGGCCUGGGAAUGGGGAUCGGAGAUGAGGAGCCCGAUGCUGACGAGGAUCUCGGACCUCAAGAAGAAUACAGAGCGCUGACCCUGAAAGGGAUUGUGGAUCUCCCGGAGAAACUCACUCUUCUCGGAGAUGCUGCUCCUGUCGAAGUCCUCCUACAGGAGCUUCAAAAACUGGAGGAAUGCGACACGGAGAGUCGUUCCUCGAUCAUCGUGAAUAACCAGUCUGAGCUGGUGGCAGUGUUUUUUCAAACAGGACACAUGAAGAGAAAAUUUGCACUAUAUCCCGAAAUCCUGUUGUUCGACGCGGGGUACCACUUCGCCAUGAAUCCUGAGUAUUCCCUCGUUUCCUUCUCGGGGCACGACGCUCAAGGCCUCGGAGGGCCUUUUGCGUUCGCCAUCCUGAUGAAGCCGAUCCGCCUAAUGGCUGGUCUGCUCCUCAAUGUCUUCAUCCAACACAAUCAACCGGCCGCACGGCACGUGCGCUGCAUAUUGCUUGACAGGGAACAGCAUCGUCGUCUCAAGAAUCAGCUUCCUACUCUGUUCGAAGGAGCCCGUUGUGUACUUUAUUGCCACUUCCAUGUGGUGAGAUCUAUGCUCAAGGAAAUGACAAGAAUCGAUCUCUCGCUACCAAUUCAGGAGCGAAUCUGCAAAACUCUUCGAGGCAUGUUCUCAGGCCUCCAAGAGAAGAACUACAAUGAGCACCUGAAAAAACUCGACGGUAUCGAAAUGCGGUUCGCGAAAUACUUCACCACCCAAUGGCAUCCGGCGCGAGAAAUGUGGGCCGGAUUCAGACGUGAGGGUGUGGUGCCGUUCGCGAAUGGAAUGAACGACCGCGUUGAGGUUCUCUCGCAAUUCAUGUCGCUUGUCUGCGAAAGAUCGCAGACCCUUUCUGACGCCCUGUGUAAUCUCGUUUACGCUGUAACAGGCAUCAUAGAACAAACGAACACGGAUCGGCUGUUGUGUGACAUUCGAGAAUAUCACAUGAAAAUGGUCGAGCACGAAGCUAGACUCAUCUCCUUAUGUUGCGAUUAUGCCGCCCUGCAUGUCUUGACGCAAGUUCGGAUAUCCCGGACUUACAAAUUCUCUGUUACCCAAACCCUGAACGAAUCCACUUACCUCGUAUCCUCGGUCGCGGGCAAAGGGACAGUUCAACCCGGGAAGAACUUCUCGUGUAACUGCGCGUUCCACCAGAGUUACCAGCUCCCCUGCAGUCACGCGUUCGUAGUCGCGAUGGCUCACUCAAUCCCAAUGCAAGAUUGCCUCAUCCCGGACAAAUGGCGUCGAACUGAACCUUUCCCUGUCGAUAUCAUGAGCGAUCUCAGCGAGGGGCCGGGCUCGGAAAUGAAAUACAGCGACAAGCUUGCGAAAAUGCGAGAGAUCACCAACGGACUUGCGACCCUUGCGGCGGUCAGCAAUCAGGCGGACUUCAACAACAUGUUCACCGUGAUCAAUCAACUUUACACGGCGUGGACGAGGAAUGCUGGCCAUAGAGUACAAGUGAACAUCACACCUCCUACGAUAACGAAAACCGGGGUUCCCGUCAGUACUCUGGAAGACGAGGAAGACAUGGAUAUCACGAACGGCGCGACAAAACACCUCAACGACGACCCGAGCCUGAACUCCACAUCAUCCGUAGGCGUCAAGGUGUCAACGAGUUCUACGGGUUCAGUGACGAUGAAGCUUCCACCGGAAGAUACUGUGUUUGGAUUCGCGGGAGGCCAUUUGGGAGCCGAAGAGCAUCUCGAGGAGUACGGCGACCUCAACUGUUUUACGGCUCCUUCGGGUGGUCCCGUGGAGAGUACGGGCAACAUGAACCUUUUCGAAGACCUCCCAGCUGGCGGACGCGAGAACAGUCCUGUUUUAUUGUCGAUAAAGGAUGAAGAAGACUCGAAGGACGAUUGUGACGGAACUAAAGGGCUGAAGUGGGACAACGUUGAGAGCUACAAGCUUCUGGACUCCAUAAUCGGAGGCGAUAUAAACAUGGACGAGCCCGACAAGUAGACGCGAGAAGGGACAGUCUCCUAUAUGUAAGCUUAUCGCUAUUAGAGCCUGUCGCGACUUUGGCGGACUCUUGUCGCUGGAUAGCCAUGAACUUGACCGUGAGGGCUCCUGUACACCAGGCGUGCGUGUGGAUGAGUAACGUUGAAAGAGUCUGUGACGCGCUGAUUUCGUGGCCGAUUUCCGUCUUGUCGGCCGAACGACAGGACCGCGGACACGAACCGUUUUCGCGAGAUGAUGCUUCGCGGAGGUUCGCGUGACAGACUGGAACAAGGAUCUCUCUCAACAAGGAAACCCGGGGUGGCCCGAAACGGUCGAGAGUUUUUUCUUCAAGUGACGACAAAGCGUUGUACGAUGUUUCGAGAAAUCGAACGCAUUUCCCUCGAAUGCGUCAUAGCGUUCAUGGCAUGAGAGAAGAUAUUCUUUAGAAGCUGUACAAUAUCACUUAUAUUUACUCGAAAGGGACAUUCAACUUGUAAAAAGAGAUUGAACAAUUGAUCACUGAACUCGGACCGACGAAUGCGGAUCCCUCCGACGCUAGAGCAAACUCACAGCAGUUGUUUAUGACAUGUUUUUUUAGAUGCGAAAAUCUCUACCGGUAGUGCGACGAAAAAACUCGGAUUAGAAGAGAGUUAGAACAUGGAUUGGAUCUUUCGGAUUAGCUUUCGGGACGGAAAUAAAUUGU